AUGAAGCGCCAAUACCCCGCCGCCACCGCCAAGCCCGCCAGCGCCAAGGGCGCAGGCAGCAACUGGAAGGCGCUCAAGAAGACGCUGCAGCCCGAAGCUUCGUCAUCCACCUCCACUACAUCCCAACUAGGCCGCCGCAAAUCCCACUCGUUCCAGCCCAGACCAAAGCGGCCAAAGCUCCAUGACGACGUCUCGCCCAACGAGUCCGGAGGCAGCAAGUCCUCCAGCCCGGCGCCGACCUCGUUACCCUGGUUUGCCGAGGACAUUUCGCCACAGGAUCUCGAGCUCGUCCGUCAGAGCGCUUCCGACAAGAUGUCCCGCAGCGGACAGUGGGAGGGUAUCAUGGAUGCGGAACUCAAGAAGAAGGUCAUCCUAGGCGGCCUGCCCUCGGACGCCAAUCCGGCCAAGAAGGAGCCGGGCAACUAUCUCGCCAUCGACUGCGAGAUGGUCGGCGUCGGCGACAAGGGCUCCGAAUCCGUACUCGCGCGCGUCUCCAUCGUCAACUUCCACGGCGCCACCAUCAUGGACCGCUUCGUGCGUCCACAGGAAAAGGUGACCGACUACCGCACCUGGGUCUCGGGCGUUCGUCCCAGGGACCUCAAGGGCGCACCUUCCUUCAGCGAGGUGCAGGGCGAAGUGGCAGCACUCAUCAAGGGCAAGGUGCUCGUGGGGCAUGCCAUCCAGAACGAUCUCAAGGCGCUCUUGCUCUCGCAUCCCAAGCCGCUCACGCGCGAUACUGCCACGUUCCAACCGCUGCGCGACUUGGCAAAGACAAAGUACCCCAGUCUCAAGAAGCUCGCCAAGCUGGUGCUGGGCAUCGACAUCCAGCUCGAGGGCGAGUCGCAUUCGUCGGUCGAAGACGCGCGUGCCACCAUGGCCGUCUUCCGCAGCCAAAAGUCCAAAUGGGACGAGGAGCUGCGUGCAAAGGGCCACGGCGGAUUCGGCGGCAGCUCGGCCGGCGCAAGGCUCGGCUCGCGUUCGGCACGCACCAACAAGGUGUGGAAGGCUCCUGCCAACGGCCAAGCCGUCGAUCCCGCUUCGCCCGCACUUGACAAGCGACCUUUUUCCUCGUCGGCCGACAACAGUCUUACCGACACCGUCCGUCUCAAACCGCGCAUGGCCGCCCAGGCCGACUGGUGGAAGGAGUCCAUCUGA